CAUACCGCCAUGUUCUGAGCCGAUCAAUCCCCACCACCUAAUCGGUUAACAAUGUCCCCACUGAUCAACCAUCAAGAUUCCUCAUGAUGCAAAUCUUUGUUAAUGCAGAGUCAACCAACCGCAUAAUAGGAAUCAGCAAGAGACAACCCAGUUGAACCAAACUCUCAGUCUCAGAGAAGAUGUUUUGUGGAGUUCUAACGUUGACCAACUUUGUAUGUUCAUCUUCAUCUUCAUCUUCAACCUCCAUUUAUGAUUCUAAAACACCCAUUAAGCUCCAAGCUCGUUCUUCCGCAACACCCAGAUCUCAGUGCUCGAAUUCUAGCCCGGACAUGCCCCUAACGACUGAGAAAUUCCAAAAUGAUGGUUCUAUGACUGGUGGUGCAUAUGAUUUUGAAAGAGCAACAACAUCACUUUCCAAUCAGUCAUUGUCGUCGUCUAAGAAGGUAACUCUUGUGAGGCACGGCCUUAGCUCUUGGAAUGAAGAGAGUAAAGUUCAGGGAAGCUCAAACUUAUCAAUCCUAACAGAAACUGGAGUGAGGCAAGCAGAGAGGUGCAGAAAAGCCUUGACAAAUAUAUACUUUGAUCAAUGCUUUUCAAGUCCAAUAUCUCGUGCUAAGUCCACUGCUGAAGUUAUAUGGCAAGGGAGGGAAGAGCCACUUGUUUUCCUUGAUUCGUUGAAGGAAGCCCAUCUAUUUUUUCUUGAAGGCAUGAAAAAUGUGGAUGCUAAGGAGAGAUAUCCAAAGGAGUAUACCACAUGGAGAGAAGAUCCUGCUAAUUUCUAUGUGAAUGGUGUCUACCCUAUACGAAAACUAUGGGCAACGGCAAGAGAGGCUUGGCGGGAAAUAUUACUCUCACCAGGGGAGAAUUUUCUGGUCAUCACUCACAAAUCAAUUUUGCGGGCACUGAUCUGUACAGCUGUAGGGCUACCGCCAGAGAGGUUCCGAGCAAUAGAUAUGAAUAAUGGCGGAAUAUCUGUUUUUAACUUCAACAAAAGAGGAGAAGCAAUGCUUCAAUCUUUAAACAUGACAGCCCACAUGUAUAGUGAUCACUUCUAUAUUUACUAAAACUUAUUGAUAUGGCACAUUCAUUGAUGAGAAAGAAGCCUACCUUACUGCCCAAUAUCUAAGGACACAGAUACAAGCUGCACAAUCAUACAACACUAAACUGGUUUAUGCCUGUAAUCAGGUUUGAAGUUGAGAAACUUAUACUCGAAUUUAUUUGCAAUGAUGUAACACUUGAAUUGCAUGGCAGUGGCUGUGAAUUUUCAUGGCAUGUUAUUUUGGAUGAAUAGGGUGAAAAAAAUUGUUUUUGUUUU